GACAGAUGAUAUGAUUUGACUUCCAAGUCAAAAGAGAAGAAACGAAACAAUAUCAGACUUCAGAGUGACAAAAAGCUUCGAAGUUUAUCAAUUUCACAAAAACAGAGUUAUAACUUCAAUCAACAAUCACAGAUUCGAAACGGAUUAACAAUGACGCUACCAGUUGUUCCAAUUGGGCUUUUGUUCAUGAUUUCAAUCUUCGGUUUUUGCACAGGGUUAUCUACUUCAAGAAUUUUCGAACACAUGCUGAUCAAAAGCAAUAGCACCAGUAAAUAUCUCACCACAGAUGCACUCUGGUUCAAUCAGACUCUUGAUCAUUUUUCCCCUUUUGAUCAUCGUAAAUUUGGACAAAGAUACUAUGAAUACUUGGAUGAAUUCAGGGUUCCUGAUGGUCCGAUCUUUUUAAAGAUAUGUGGUGAAUCUGCAUGUGGUGGGAUACAGAAUGACUAUAUCAGUGUUUUGGCUAAGAAGUUUAGAGCUGCUGUGGUGACUCUCGAGCAUCGGUAUUAUGGAAAGAGUUCUCCAUUUAAAUCUUUAACUACCAAAAAUCUUCAGUUUCUUUCAUCGAAGCAGGCACUGUUUGACUUGGCUGCUUUUCGUCAGUAUUAUCAGGAAUCCUUAAAUUUGAAACUCAACAGAACGAAUGUCGAGAAUCCGUGGUUUGUUUUUGGUGUUUCGUAUGCUGGAGCUCUCAGUGCAUGGUUUCGUUUGAAGUUCCCUCAUUUGACAUGUGGCAGUCUUGCAAGUUCUGGUGUAGUUCUUGCUGUUUACAACUUCACUGAAUUUGAUCAGCAGGUUGGUGAGUCUGCAGGACCUGAAUGUAAAGCUGUAUUACAGGAAGUUACUCAACUUGUUGAAGAAAAGCUUGCAUCAAAUCCUAAAGCACUAAAAGCCACAUUUGAUGCUACCGAGCUAAAAAUAGAUGGAGACUUCUUGUAUUUUCUGGCAGAUGCUGCAGCCAUAGCCUUUCAAUAUGGGAAUCCCGAUAAACUUUGCACCCCCAUGAUAGCAGCUAAGAAAGCCGGAGAUGAUUUAGUGAAUGCCUAUGCGAACUACAUAAAGGAAUAUUACGUUGGAAGUUUUGGUGCUGAAGUUGAAACAUAUAACCAAGAAAGCCUAAAAAAAACCACCCUGAGUGACUCAUCUGGUGAUCGGUUAUGGUGGUUCCAAGUUUGUACAGAAGUUGCAUAUUUCCAAGUGGCACCUGCAAACGAUAGCAUUCGCUCUUCAAAAGUUGACACAAGGUACCAUUUGGAUCUAUGCAAAAAUGUGUUUGGAGAGGGCGUAUAUCCGGUUGUUGAUGCUACAAAUCUGUACUAUGGGGGCACAGACAUUGCUGGAUCAAAAAUAGUAUUUACAAAUGGAUCACAAGAUCCAUGGCGACAUGCAUCCAAGCAGGUGUCGUCUCCAAGUAUGCCAUCGUAUCUAAUCACUUGUGAUAAUUGCGGUCACGGAACUGAUCUAAGAGGAUGCCCACAGUCUCCUUUAGUUCCUGAAGGAAACUCUGGGAACUGCAGCUCACCUGAUGCGGUUAACAAAGUAAGACAAAAGAUGAUAGAACAGAUAGACUUAUGGCUCUCUCAGUGUCAAGCAGCCAACAGGUGCUCAAGUUAACCAGUCUUCAGAAACAUGUAACCGUAUACAUGAUGCCGAUUGAUUAACUGAGCAGCAAUUUCUGUACAUUUGUUAUAGUUGCUGUCACUCAUGAUGUUAUAUCUUCUUAUUGAGUCAUAGCAUGCAUCCUGAUGAUGACAUAUGAUGUAUACGACCUUCGUUAUUGAAUAAAUUGCAUCUUUUUAAGUAAAGCUCGGCAUUAUUCUCAA